UUGUCCGACAUGGUAAAUCUCUUUCCGCACGUGAGAGGUGUCAAUUGGAAAGUGCCAUUAGACGUUCACCCUUCGCCUACAAUGUUCCCAAAAACCUCCAGUUCCUCUUCCACCUACCUGCUUUCUUCGCUGUCAGAUGAAACGAGCACAGACCCACAGCGGAAAUAAGACAGGCCUCCAUUAGAACAGAGAAAGUUUCUGCGCAGCGCCCCGACAAAACCAGCAUCACUCUGUGCGCUUUAUCAUAACCGUCAACAUCUACUUUAGAAUGUGUGAGCCCAGUCCACCUGCUCUGCCUCCCCAUGCCAAGGGCCAUGUGACCAUGGUGGGUGUCGGUAUCAAGCUUGAAGACGACGAAUCGGGUGGCCGAGGUGUCAACAGGGAAUCCCAGCAGUCGCCUCGACUGCCUGCUGAGAGAGAAGAAAAGUCAGGACCACCUAACUGCCAGUCUCCUUUGGUGAGAUCUCCCAGUAAAGAACGUCCACGAUCACGCACAACCGCCGGUCAGGAAGGAGGUCAGAGAGCCCACGACAAAAGUGACUGCAAACCUAACGUCGGCGAAGUAAUGCCCACAAUUGAGAAGCUGCUGAAUACAGACUGGAAGGAGAAGUUCUUGGGGAGAGGUCUUCAAAGCAGCAUCAGUCUAAAAGGAACCCCCGAGAGCCUGGCGGAGAAGGAGCUUCAGUUGUUGCUGAUGAUAAACCAGCUGUCCGGUCUACGCGAGCAGCUCCUCGGGGCUCACUCCGAACAGAGGAACAUGGCUGCUCUUCUCCUGGAGAAACAGCAGCAGCAGAUGGAACUGGCCAGACAACAGCAGGAACAGAUCGCCAAACAACAGCAGCAGCUCAUACAACAGCAACAUAAAAUCAACUUACUGCAGCAACAAAUUCAGCAGGUAAACAUGCCGUACGUUAUGAUCCCGGCCUUUCAUCCCAACACCCAGCCGAUGCCCGUCACCUCCGAGUCACAGAUGGGUUUACCACUGCAGCCCAUCCCCUGCAAACCAGUGGAAUAUCCCAUGCAUUUACUCCCCAAUCCUCAAUCUACCCCCGUCAAAAGGUCCAGUGGUGCAGUUUAUCGCCAGGACACCAGUCAACCUCUCAACCUCACGGCUAAACCCAAGACCCCAAGUCCCCAGGCACUGGAACUGGCCACGGCCCACCUGCAGACGGCAUACCGGCCCAGAGAUUUACCGCACAGUCCACCUCGAUCUGCUCUUAGCCUUAGCUUCUUGGGAGAGGGCGACGUUGUGACCCAAGCCAUCCACGAUGCCCAGCAGCUGUUGCGUGGAGGACAAGGCCCGGCGGGCCGAGAGAGGGGCCGCGACAGGGAAAACAACGCUAGGAUGGAGGUGUCUCGAGAUCGUACAGAUGAUGGACAGACCCUACGGAUGAAUGAGGACCACCUCAGUAGUGACUCUGAGGGGCAGGUGGCCAAUUCUGGCGUGGCGAGUUUUGGCGACACCCGCGCACCCACCUCCGGUCACAUCAAACGUCCCAUGAACGCCUUCAUGGUAUGGGCUAAAGACGAGAGGAGACGCAUCCUACAGGCCUAUCCCGACAUGCACAACUCCAGUAUCAGCAAGAUUCUCGGUUCCCGCUGGAAGACCAUGUCCAAUCAGGAGAAGCAGCCGUACUACGAAGAGCAGGCCCGACUCAGUCGCCAGCACCUGGAGCGAUACCCGGACUACAAAUACAAACCUCGCCCGAAGCGCACCUGUAUCGUCGAGGGCAGGCGACUGCGGGUGGGCGAGUACAAAGCCAUGAUGAAGAGCCGACGACAGGAGCAGCGCGCGCCGUACCCUCAGAGCCAAUCAGAACAGCAGCUACCCUACGCCACGGGUGACGGACAGUACCCCACCACGCCCGUACCCAUGGCGACCUUGCCUUUGCAUCCCGUCCUCCUGGAGCAUUACCUCCCUCGCGGUCUGGAGCCCACCCCGGCCCGAGGCGGCGAGCAGCGGGAGGCCGUGCGACCUAGACAGCCCUACAGCGAAGGGGAAGAGAGCGACGUGGGGGAACGCAGUGAGGGGGAGCUGGUGGUCCUCACUGACUGAGAUGGAACGAUAGAGAUGUGUUAGAAAGAGGGAUGUCCGUGCAGACGGUUCGGUUACUGAGACCUCUAGGGUUGAAGACAGCAGACGUGUGGAAGAGAAACUGAAGUUGGUGAUGUUAUCCCAGUCUGAAAGAACAAGGCUUUGGAUUUCAAGCUGUUCGGUCACAAAUCUUUAGUCUUUUGGAGCAAUUGCAAAUUUCACACCUGUCAGGUGUCACACUAGUAUAGACUCUGCUGGAGCGGUACUGUGUAUCGACUGUUCAUUUAUUUAUAAAGAUAAACAUUUUACAAUCAAAUGAUUUAACCGUUUUAAAUUGAAUCGUUCAUAAAAAACGAUGGUAUUAUUUUCUCUCUUGUCGUUCCAAAUCUGUAUGCUCGGUCCAUGUCACUUGCAUCUGAUUUCACGUCAUGUUGACCGAUAGCCGUAUUUGCAUGAAUGGGGAAAUUCUUGCACGGGAUGGUCGGUAGUUUCCAGUAUGAGCACCAAGUGCACCGAUUUUCCUUAAAGGGAUAGUUCACCCCCAAAUAAAAAAUGAAACCCGUUUAACUUUCAUCUGUGGAGUUGUUUUGAGAAAUGUCUUGUUCAGGGGUGCGUUUCCCAAAAGCAUCGUUAGCCAACUAUGGUCGCAAGUUCCGUCGUUCCAGCAUAGAUCAACCAUUUAAGUGGUUCCCAAAACUAUCGUUCCAACGAUCAAUCGCAAGCAGCAUCGCAAAGUUGCGUGGUUGGAACUACAGGUCUAGAGCUGUGCUUAGAAGUAACGUUCCUUAUUAUUAUGACAUGUAGACUUGCAUGCAUCAAGCUUUUGAUCAAAGUAAGCAAGCAACAUGCAGUGCAUUCCAUAUCCGUCACUCAAAAUAUAUACAAAUUUAAUUGGACAUCUUUUAGUUUGUCGAGGAAAUAAAGCGCUGUUUUUUAAAAGUGCGCAUGCGCUUGACCUGCGUGCGCUAGGACCCUGUGGAAUCCCUGGGCGGAAUGACGUAAGAGAACACUUAUAAAUUAAUUAAAUAUCAUGAAAUAAAACAACAGAUAACAAAAAUAGGAUAACAAAACUAGUCCUUAAAUGCAAUGUAUGUUAUUUAGAGCAAGAAUUUGACAUUAAUUCGAUCUGAACGUAUUUAUUAGUAGACGUCAUUACUCCACCACCUGUGUGGCGUCAUCAACUACAACCAACUUGGUUCAAACAAUUGAUCUCCGUCAGUUACUACGGUUUCGGGAAACAGUCGUAACUACAUCGUUAAUUUCCCCAAUGAUGCAUCGUACUAUGGUGGUUAACCAGCGAGUUAUGUCGUUGUUCGGGAAACGCACCCCUGGUUCGCAGUGGUGGUCAAUGGUGUUCCGUGUUGUUUAGUUAACGUUACAAACAUUCUUCGUCUUAUUUUGUGUUCUGAAGAAUAAAGUCAGACAGGUAUAGAACGAUUUGAGGGUGAGUAAAAGAUUAAAGAACGAUCAUAUUUGGGUGCAUUAUCCCUUUAAGAGAAUUUGGCGUCACAGAUGUGGUCACAAUGAACCCUUGUAUGUGCAUUAAGUUUUUUUUUAAA